AUGGGUCUCAAGGCCUGGAUCGAAAAUACCAACCUGCAGGUUGCGCGCAGUCCCGUGGGAAGAUGGUUCAGACUUGAGAACUCGGGCCAUCCCAUGGAGCGCAAGGGCAGCUUCUUCUUCACCGAGUUGCGCGCCGGUCUAGCCACCUUCUUCGCAAUGGCAUAUAUCAUCUCGGUCAAUAGCAAUAUCACUUCUGCGACUGGUGGCACGUGUGUCUGCCCGCCGGAGGGGUUGGCCAAUAACUGCAACACCAACGCCGAGUACCUGCUAUGUGUGCAGGAAAUCAAGCGCGACAUUGUCACUGCGACUGCGGCCAUCGCUGCGUUGUCUACCUUCUGCAUGGGUCUCUUCGCCAAGUUGCCCAUUGCCCUCGCACCCGGCAUGGGAUUGAACGCAUAUUUCGCUUACACGGUUGUCGGCACGCAUGGAUCUGGCAUGGUCCCGUAUGAUGUUGCUUUGACUGCGGUUUUCGUGGAAGGAUGGGUGUUCCUGGGCUUGACGUUGAUCGGUAUGCGGCAAUGGCUUGCGCGUGCCAUUCCAGCUUCUAUCAAGCUUGCCACCGGUGUCGGUAUAGGGUUGUACCUCGCUCUCAUCGGGCUGACGUAUAGUGCUGGUAUUGGAUUGGUUCAAGGUGGAUCGGAUACACCUAUCGAGCUUGCAGGCUGCGCGCCUCAGUUUAUCGAUUCGGAGACGGGCUUGUGUCUCAGCAGUGAAAAGAUGCGCAGUGCGACUAUGUGGGUUGGUAUCUUCUGUGGCGGUGUUCUCACGGCGCUGUUGAUGAUGUAUCGCGUCAAGGGUGCGGUCAUUAUUGGCAUUCUGCUGGUCUCGAUUAUCUCCUGGCCACGCACUACGCCCGUGACUUAUUUCCCAUACACGGAGCUGGGGACGAGCAUGUUCGACUUCUUCAAGCAGGUCGUGACCUUCCACCCCAUCAAGCACACUCUCGCUGUCCAGAAGUGGGACAUUUCAGGCCACGGAGGACAGUUCGGAUUGGCUUUCAUUACAUUUUUGUACGUCGACAUCCUGGACACCACGGGCACCAUGUACUCCAUGGCCCGAUUUGCCGGUGCAAUUGACGAGAAAACCCAAGACUUUGAAGGAAGUGCCAUCGCCUACAUGGUCGACGCUAUCUCCAUCUCGAUCGGAUCCCUGCUAGGCAGUCCCCCGGUAACAGCUUUCGUCGAGUCAGGCGCAGGUAUCUCCGAGGGUGGCAAAACUGGCCUAACAUCAUGCAUGACGGGCAUCGCCUUCUUCAUCUCCGUGUUCUUCGCACCGAUUUUCGCCUCCAUCCCGGCCUGGGCGACUGGUUGCACACUCGUGAUUGUCGGCGCACUGAUGGCCAAGGCUGCGGCAGACAUCAAUUGGCGCUAUCCCGGCGAUGCGAUCCCGGCCUUCCUCACUAUUGCGAUCAUGCCGUUCACCUAUAGUAUUGCCUAUGGUCUGAUCGCAGGAAUUUGCAGCUACAUCACCCUCAACACAAUCACGUGGAUCCUUGAUAAGGUCAGCGGGGGUCGUAUAGUCCCUCCGAACAAGGAGGAAUCGGAUCCUUGGUCGUGGAAGAUUCCCGGUGGAUUCUUCCCUCCUUGGGUGAAGCGGGCUGCGAGUGGGCAGAAGGAUUUCUGGCGGAGGGAUGAAGAGAAGGCGGCAUCGGAGUCUAUUGCUUCGUCUCAGCGAGAGCAAGUGGCGAUUGAGAAGGGCCAGAAAUUUUCACACUGA